CCGGUCAGCACGCUUCUUCCCUGCUGCGGCCGACGUCCAGGAGCUCCCCGGGCUUUUCAGCGCACUCUGUGCCGUGGUUGUUCCGUAAAUAGGACCAGCGCAGAUUUCCGCAGUUAUUUUUUCCUAGUUAAAGUCUAUGAUGCGGUUAAAAUCCACAGGGAUUUUUUUUCUAAUAGCACUUGUUUACGGGAUUAAGCUCUCUGUUGUUUGAUACUUAUUCUUUCUGUAUUUUUAUAGAAAAAUGGAAAUUGCCACCCCUCCAACAUCAAAGUGUAUCAUAUACUGGAAAAGAAAAGUCAAGUCUGAAUACAUGCGUCUUCGGCAGCUCAAGAGGUUUCAGGCAAACAUGGGAGCUAAGGCCCUGUUUGUGGCCAACUUUGCAAAGGUUCACGAAAAGACUCACAUUCUGAAUGAAGACUGGAAGAAGCUUCGAGUCCAGCCGGUGCAAUUGAUGAAGCCAGUCAGCGGGCACCCGUUCCUAAAACAGUGUACUGUUGAGAGCAUUUUCCCGGGAUUUCCAAGCCAGACGCUGUACAUGAGGACCCUGAACACGGUGGCGCUGGUGCCCAUUAUGUACUCCUGGUCCCCUCUUCAGCAGAAUUUCAUGGUGGAGGAUGAAACUGUUCUGUGCAAUAUCCCUUACAUGGGAGAUGAGGUGAAGGAAGAAGAUGAAACUUUCAUUGAAGAACUUAUUAAUAACUAUGAUGGGAAGGUUCAUGGAGAGGAAGAAAUGAUUUCAGGGUCAGUCCUCAUCAGCGAUGCUGUGUUUCUGGAGCUAGUGAACGCCCUGAAUCAGUAUUCGGACGAGGAAGAAGAAGGACACAAUGAUUCUGAGGUUAAACAGGAGGAUGGGAAAGAAGAGCUGCCAGUCACAAGGAAAAGAAAGCGAAUUGCAGUGGAAGGUAACAAGAAGUGUUCAAAGAAGCGGUUUCCAAAUGACAUGAUAUUCACUGCUAUUUCUUCUAUGUUUCCUGAAUAUGGCUUCCCAGAUGACAUGAAAGAGAGGUACCGGGAGCUCACGGAAGUGUCGGACCCGAACGUGCUGCCGCCGCAGUGCACUCCCAACAUAGACGGGCCGUGCGCGAAGUCAGUCCAGCGGGAGCAGUCCCUGCACUCCUUCCACACCCUCUUCUGCCGCCGCUGCUUCAAAUACGACUGUUUUCUGCAUCCUUUUCAUGCUACUCCUAAUGUGUACAAACGAAAGAAUAGAGAGACCAAGAUCGAGCCAGAUCCUUGCGGAGCAGACUGUUUCCUCUGGCUGGAAGGAGCCAAGGAGUUUGCUGCGCUGCACAAUCCCAGGUCCAAGUGCUCAGGCCGGCGCCGCCGGAGGCACCACGUGGUGGGUGCUUCUUGCUCAAACACCCCGGCUUCUGCCGUCGCUGAGACGAGGGAGGGCGACAGCGACCGAGACACAGGCAACGAGUGGGCCUCUAGCUCCUCGGAGGCAAACUCCCGCUGCCAGACCCCCACCAAGCAGAAGCUGAGCCCGGCCUCCUCCCAGCUGUUUGCAGUGGAGACGCCGCAGGAGCCCGUCGAGUGGACGGGAGCCGAGGAGUCACUCUUCCGCGUCUUCCACGGGACCUACUUCAACAACUUCUGCUCGAUUGCCAGGCUGCUGGGAACAAAGACGUGCAAGCAGGUCUUUCAGUUUGCAGUGAAAGAAUCACUUAUAACAAAACUGCCAACAAACGAAUUAAUGAAUCCAUCCCAGAAGAAGAAAAGGAAGCACAGGCUGUGGGCUGCGCACUGCAGGAAGAUUCAGCUGAAGAAAGAUAAUUCACCUACCCAGGUGUACAACUACCAACCCUGUGACCACCCCGAGCAUCCCUGUGACAGCUCCUGUCCUUGCAUCAUGACUCAGAAUUUUUGUGAGAAGUUCUGCCAGUGCAACCCUGACUGUCAGAACCGCUUCCCAGGCUGCCGCUGUAAAACCCAGUGCAACACCAAGCAGUGCCCAUGCUACCUGGCUGUGCGGGAGUGCGAUCCAGACCUCUGCCUGACCUGUGGGGCUUCGGAGCACUGGGACUGCAAGGUGGUCUCCUGCAAGAACUGCAGCAUCCAGCGAGGUCUCAAAAAGCAUUUGUUGCUGGCACCGUCGGAUGUCGCUGGCUGGGGGACUUUCAUCAAGGAAUCUGUGCAGAAGAAUGAGUUCAUCUCUGAGUACUGUGGUGAGCUUAUUUCACAGGAUGAGGCUGACCGGCGAGGGAAGGUCUAUGACAAGUACAUGUCCAGCUUCCUCUUCAACCUCAACAACGAUUUUGUUGUUGAUGCCACCCGCAAAGGAAAUAAAAUCCGCUUUGCCAAUCACUCGGUGAACCCCAAUUGCUAUGCCAAAGUUGUGAUGGUGAACGGAGACCACCGGAUAGGGAUCUUUGCCAAGAGGGCCAUCCAGGCAGGAGAGGAGCUCUUCUUUGAUUACAGGUACAGCCAGGCAGACGCCCUGAAGUAUGUCGGCAUAGAGAGGGAGACGGAUAUCAUCUAGGCUCUGUGCAGGGUGGUCCCCAGCACACCUUGCUGCUGCACCUUGUAAGCAAUGCCAUGUUUGCUUCAUGCUGACAUGACUGCUGCUGUUCCUGUUGCUGUGUGUGUCACAAGUGCUACUUUCCAUC